AUGCGGAAAAGGUUGCGCCGCCGCGGGCUUCUUGCGAGAACUUUACGUACCGGUAAUCGUAGCUCGUUGCAUUAUAAAAGAUAUAAGAGCUCGUCUGUGUUGACCGCGAACGAAAGAGUCCUCGGGGAACCUCGAAACUAUAUCGAGAAGCGGAUACCACGUAAAGAGAGUGUUAUUGGUCUUCGACCUGCCUACAAGUGCAUUCACAAACAUUUGCAACAAACAGAGGUCUUUCAAAGGAAAACGAAGAAAUUGUUACGUAAGGAGCUGCUAGAGGUGGAGAUAAUGAACAGCAAAAUAACGUGCCUUGAGAAAUUAUUAAGACCUGAAGAACAAUGCGAAUGGCGACGAAGCAGGUCACCCAGGAUUUACUAUCGUGCGAUCGGUGUUACGUCGAAAUAAUAUUGCAACGAUCGAAAAUAAAAAAAAAAAAUUUAAUGGAAAAAAGAAAAACAGGAAAUAGCAUCGUCUAUCUGGUCGCUUUUAAACAAUGAAAUCGCAAACAGCACUUGGUGACGUAUGCAAUAAUAGAAACAAUAGAGAGAACGACGACGCUCGGUUUACAACAAUAACCCCAGUUCACUCGUGGUUAAGGAUUCCACUUGCUACCAUAAAUCUCUGACCGGUUUAUCAUCCUUCUGGAUGUA